AUGACAGAGAGGCUUGCGAGAGAAGAUCUAGAUCUCAUAGCAGGCAGAGUGGCCGAGCUGCUGCGACCCUCCGCCGAGGCGGCAGCGGCAGCAGUGGGAGCUGGGGCCACGCCAGGAUGUCCCCCACCAGAGCAGGCCGCACCCGACAUCCAGGAGCAGAAGACUGAGCCGCCCGCGCCGACGUACACAUGGUACGAGAGGGGCGCGGACGAACAGAAGAGCGACGACAACUGGGCGUCCGCCUGGGGCUCGCGGGGCUGGGAAAAGGCUCAGUGCACCGACCGACUACUGGAGGAGUUGCCGUGGGACCUGAGAGCCAAGCUACAUUACAUUCCAGAGCAGGACCUCUCUGUUGAGAAGAUUGUGCACCACCUCGGGCAGGACGUUGAGAGGAAGAAGGAUGAGGAUCUUCUGGCCUUCGUCACCCGACGACGCAGACAGUUCGAGAGGGCCAAGGAGAUUGGCAUGGAGAUACCGCCCAAGGGGCAGGGCAUGCUCCUCCUGCAGGGUGCUCGACUCUCGGCUCAGGGCAAGCAGCAUGUUCGGAGCCUCACUCGGGGAUCACUGCUGGGUCCAGACAUCAUGUGGGCUCUCCCGCGGCUCGACACUGGCGGUCUGGUCUGGGGAGACGACAGCAAGUCACGCGCCGCACUGCUCGAGGACUGCGACGCCAGGUCCAGCAGCGAGCCCGCGGGAGGCAUCGUCGAUCAGACAGAGCAAGCAUGGUCGUGGUGGGCUGACGACCUGGACACCGACGAUGAACUCAACCUCCUCGUGGAGCUCAGCGGCCGGGAGCUGUGCGAGGACGAGGUGACGGAGACGCUAGCGCAGAUGGGCAAGGGCCGCCAGAAGACUUGGAAUGAGAGCAAGGACCUGAAGAACGCCGUGAAGAAGGAUCGAGGAUUCUGGAAGCGACGGCGUCGACCCACCCCGGCCCAACUGAAGCUGGUCACGAAGUGCGGCAACUGCGGCGAGACCGGGCACUGGCACGCUGAGUGCAAGAACCCUGCGAAGCCGAAGGGCACCCGUCAGCGUGGUGCCAAGGGCGGCUCCAAGGGUGGCUCAGGCUCUGGCGGCACCGCGUUCUCGCACGACGGCAGCGGCUUCUCUUUCGCGGUGCUGAGCGAGGAAGCUCCAGCCAACACCUGGAUCACGCUGCUGGGCGAGAAGGCCUUGAGGGAGCUGCGCUUCCAGUUUGAGGAGGAGCCCGACGCGAGUCUGAGCAGCACCAAGGUACUCACAUUCAUCAUGCUCGAGGACGGCCAGGUCAUCGUGGACAGCGGGGCCUCUCAGGCGAUCAUCGGCAAGGACCACCUGGGCCGACUGGCCGAGGACCUGCGAGUUCGAGGUCUGUCCCCAGUCUGGGUGGACAAGCCUGCCAGUCCGCCGAGAGGGAUCGGUGAACAGGCGACUCUACUAGGGGUGGUGAUGAUUCCAGUGGCGAUGGGUGGCAAGUCUGGCGUGAUCGAGUUUGUAGUUGCAGAGGAGAACCUGCCGCCUCUAUUGCCCGGAUCCUUUCUGGACCAGUUUGGGGCAAUCUUGGACUAUCCUCGGGAUCAGCUCACGCUCAAGAAGAUCGGUUGCACGAUUCCCAUUGAGAAGUCGGGCCGGAGCCGUCGCACCAUCAAGUUGAAUGACUGGCAGGGUCUUGAGAGUCAGUUCGAGCCGCCUGUACUGGGGCACCGGCCGAUGGUGCUCAAGCGUGCCAAGGCCGAGAAGGAGUCUCGGUCGACGGUCGGCCUCUGGACCUCCCUCCUGGUCUCGGUGGGCAUCUACUUCAACGAGACACAGGCGAUAGUCGCCAGGGUCGUCAGGGACAAGAGGCUGUUCGACACGAAGAGCUACAAGAAGCGGCUGCUCGAGGAUCCGAGGCUGCUCCAGGAGACGGGGACCAAGGCCUCGACCAAGUGUGCUCACCCGCCCUGGAGGAUCUCCAGCUCGGGGAACCAGUGCGCUCUUUGGGACUUCUGCACGGGAUGCAAGAUGAGGAUCUCCAACCGCUCCAAGCUCAACUCAGGCAACGGCAACAGGAGGCUGACAGACAGGGAGCGGGCCUGGAUACGAGCUGUGGAGCAGCCGGUCGAGUGCUCCCCCACCGGCCUGGGCCGCGUCGAUGACGAGGCAGUUCAGACGAUGUCAGCCAGCAUGUCCGCCAGUAUGCUGAGCGCCCUGGAGACGACGUUGCAGGCUCACAACCAGAGCGUGUCCAGCACCAUGCAGCCUCUGGUCGACGAGAUGCGAUCGGUGAACUCCCGUCUGGAGGUCUUGACCAGCGCCCCGGCUCUCGAGGAUGCGCCGAUGAACGCGACGGCUGCGGCAGUGGCGACUCCCGCGGGCCCCGAGCCCACCCAGGGCGAGUUCGAGCUGAUCGGCUCCGAGCCAAGGUCAGGAGCUGUGCCGUCCAUCAUCAUCUCCUACCUCCUCCACGAUAAUGUCCUCAUCCUCGACUACGACUCCUUCCGCAUCUUCAUCUUUAGCACAGAGAUCACCAUCUCAUUCAUCUACCAUGGCACUUUCCACUACCUCGGCUACUUCUUUACAGUCAAUGACCCUAAGACCCUAGACAUCAAGCGUGCUGAGGCCAUGGCACUUCGGGAGUUUGCUCUGGAGGUCGCUGCCAAGCAGGUUGCCGAGGGACGCCGUACACAGUGGCUUCGCAGCCAGGCCGGGGUCCAGGAGGUGUCUUUCGACAUGUGUAGGUUCGGUCUAUGUAUCAGGGGUGAGGGCCUCUCGGAGAAGCCUACCACGAUUCUAACGAACGACCAGGUCCUGCUGCAGACCCUGUCCAGGAAACAGUGCAAGGGGGAUCACAAACAUGUCGUGCUGUCUGGGGGGUGGGCUACCUCCAGGGCCGCGGUUUACCCCGACAAGUUCUGCCGAGCCGUCUCCAGUGCUGUCUUGAGAUCUUCACGAGUGGAGAGAGAGUGCAGCCUCGUCGAGACUUCCUCUUUCCUCGGGAGUACUGUUCUGGACGACACGGAGCAGAUGAAGAUGGUAGAGAAGGCGCACAUCAAUCUAGGGCUGGUUUGGCAGGUCUUUGCGAAGGGAUGGCUGCGCCACUAUGGACCUCCAGAGGUGAUAAUCUCUGACGGUGGUGCUGAGUUCGAGGCUGAGUUUGACCGCUUUGCAGAGCAGGCAGGCUCUUUUCAUCAUGUCACGGAUGCCGAGUGUCCCAGGCAGAAUGGCAAGACGGAGCGUGCAGGCCAAUGGCUCAAGGAACGUCUUCAGCGCAUCGUCGAAGAAGUGCUGCUGGACAGCCCGAGCGACCUGGAACAGGCCGCCUGCGAGCUCACUGCCUGGCGCAAUCGGUUCCUCAACACAGGCGGCGACUCUCCCUUGCAGUUAGUAUUCGGCCAGAAUCCCAGAUUGCCUCAUGAGCUAUUGUCAGAGGACCCUCUAGACCACAUCGGAUUGCAUGAUCUGUCCGAGGCAAGCGGCGACAUGCCGACCCUGGCUCAGCUGCUGCAGCUGGUCUGCCAGCAGCAGCGAGCUGAGCUACCGGACUCGGCCGCCGCGACAGUACCUGCGACAUCGACUCCAGCCAGCAGCGCAGGAGCAGACUGGUCUCGCCAAGGCUCCGAGCCAGCCGCCGAGCCAGUACCUCCAGGCAAUUCGGACGGAUCGUCUCGCAAGGCCUCAGAGAUUUCUCCAGCCCCCUCCGACGCCGGCAGUUUGGACUCGGAGGCGAAGCGUCUCAGGCUGGAGCGAGACAGCUGGGCCCCAGGCUCGGCGAGCCAAACUCAGAGCGUGCCCAUGUCAGUAGAGCCAGCCAUUCGACCCGAGGACAUCAGCUCUGGCUCGCACGGGCCUCUGUCGUCAGAGCAGUUCCGCAGCGCCGCCUUGCCCACUCCUGUCGAGCUCUUACCCCACGCCUCGGGACAGGCUCGACAACACAUCGAGGAGUGGGGCCGCUGGGCUCAGACCAGGAGUCAGGGCGCGACGGCCGACGACACACCGACAGUGAACGACGAGGAGAUGCUGAGUGCCUACUGCGAGACCUUCGAGACCUGGUUCCAGGAGCAGGGUUGGAGCGGCAGUGCUCAAGAGUAUGCCAACGGAGCCGAGGACCUAGUGUUUACUGGCUCGGACGACUGCGUUGGCAGCUGGAAUCUACUGACCUCCAAGGGCGGGGAGAUCAAGCUGAGUCAUCUGAAUCCCGAGGAACGUGAGCAGUUCAGGGCCUCCGACGGUGCCGAGUGGGAGGCCGAGUGGAUACAAUUGAUCAUUCGCAAUGCCAUGUUCGGUGAAGAACCAUCGAGCGAUUGGCGUCAGAGCGUGGGCCCGUUUGUUUCUGUCCUGCGCAGCUCCUGUGAGCUGCAGAAUCCGUUUUCCGGAGCACACGCUCUGGAUGCUAAGUCGAUUUCCGAUACUCUUUCCAAGAACUGCGCCGGUCGCAAGGAGGACCGACGCACCUCGGUGGACCUAGCCAUCGUCAGGGAUUCUUUCACAGCUCGCACUUCCUGUGCCAAGUGGGCGCCUCACCUUAUGAAUCCCGCAGACAUCAUGACAAAGGCAGAUGUGGCCAAGGGGUCUGAGGCACUCGCUCACCUGCUGAGGACUGGCACGAUGGUCCUCAGUGACGUAGAGGAGGAGCGCAGUGCUCUCGCUGCUGAGGGCGUCAAGCAGCAACGCAGCAAGGAGGCCAGCAAGCGCUACCUUGCUGCGAGAGACGCCCGACUCAAGCUUCACG